AUGAUGGCGGAAUAGAAAACACGGAUGGGAGAUCGUGCAUCGUAAAUCUCCGCUUCAGUUUUUGCUUGCUUUGUUGUGACUUUUAAUUUUCCUUUGUGGAAGAAAGUAAUAUCGUUCGACACGAUGACGAAGAGGAUGAAGAUUAUUGGCGGUCAUUCGUGAGCGCUAGCUGCAGCAAAUGACAACAGCGGCGAGUGAAAGGACAGAACACCAAUGCCCCCAGUGAGCUUCGAGACCUCUUCGGGAAAGUGGACACGGAUGAUCUUGUGCCCCUACGUGUAGGCGCGCUGGACGUGCUGCUGCCGGGUCACAUGUUCCCAGCUACCCUGCUCGCGACACUGUCGCUGGCGUUGAGCAGCGGUGCAGCUUCUGCCGUCGCUGCUGCAGAGUUGUCGGGAUGCGCGUACGUGGGAGAGCGCAACGUGACUCUGUACAGAGACGCCAGUUACGUGCACCUAUGGAAUUACGUGGCCUCAAGAGUCGCCGAUUCGCUCACCGACGACGUCGAUACCGACAAGAUAUUGGACGACAAGAUUUUCGACAUGCGGACGGGUCUGGCCAGCUUGGCGUCCCGACACCAGCCGCGACUGAACAACGCGUGGUACGCACUGACGACGCUCAUCGUGGUGGUGCUCAUCCUGCUUCCCAUCUUGGUGGUGUCACGCGUGUCCGUGUCGCGCAUCCAAUGCGGCUUCCUGCGCAGGCUGUUGGCGCUGCCGGCGCGAACCGACAGCAUCACGUGGUACACCGCCUCCACGGCAGCGUUCGCGUCUUUCAUCACGUUGUUCUACAUCUUUCAAAUUUGUUCAUCACUUGGAGCAGAAAACGCUGUCGACAUCAUGCAGACCAAGACUUGGGAGAUCAGGAAGGACAUGCGUUUCUUUCUAAACAGCAUGAACUGUCGAUUCGACCAGUUUCUCGACGGCGACAUCAAGCCAACGCUAGAAACCGUCAAGGGCACUUUCGGUUCCGGAAUAAGUAGCUCGUUUCCGGAGCAGCUGGCAAGGGAAGUACGGAAUGUAAUGAGCAAUACUCCACUCCAAGCCAUCUACAACACCAGCUUCCUCGACAUGAUACGCGGAACUAUCGCUGCCUAUGCGAAUAAGGAAGAAGUGGCCGCAAGUCUCAACAACCUCGUCGAUUCUGCGAACAAGACUGACCAUGAGAUCCAGGAGCUUUGGGCGCAGCUGGUUAGCAGUUUUGGCAGCCUAAAAUCCGAAGCCAGACGAGACGCUGUGGAACAAGUGAUCAAGAUACAGAAGAUAGCAGAGGCGGUGCAAGACAACGUCCAUAAAAAGAUCACGACGGCCAAGGACGUGCUGCUCACGCACGAGAUCGCCUACCCGGGCUUCUUGGGAAUGCGGACGGACCCCUUCCAGGCCGGCAGGCGGCGGCUGUGA